GGCUCGCGCCGCUGCUCGAGGCAGAAGAUGGCGGACGGAGUGGAUCACAUCGAUAUCUACGCAGACGUCGGCGAGGAGUUUAACCAGGAAAGUGAAUAUGGCGCCCAUGAGCAAAUCGAACUGUAUGAAGAUGUCAUGUCGCCUUCUGCAAAUAAUGGAGAUGCUCCUGAAGACCGUGACUACAUGGACAAUCUAGCAGCAUCUGCAGCAGAUGAAGAAGUGAAAGGAUCUGCACCUAAUGUUGUGUAUACUUAUACUGGAAAAAGAAUAGCACUAUACAUUGGAAAUCUAACAUGGUGGACAACAGAUGAAGAUUUGACAGAUGCUGUUCAUUCUUUGGGUGUAAAUGAUAUUUUGGAAAUAAAGUUCUUUGAAAAUCGAGCUAAUGGCCAAUCGAAGGGGUUUGCACUCAUUUCUGUUGGCUCGGAAUCCUCUUCUAAGAAACUCAUGGAUUUGUUACCUAAACGAGAACUACACGGGCAGACUCCAGCUGUCACUCCAUGCAAUAAGCAGUUCCUUAGUCAAUUUGAAAUGCAGUCAAAGAAAACAGCUGCACAGGCUGGUGGCCAAAUGUCUGGAGAAGGGAAGGCUGGUCCGCCUGGUAUAAAUGCUCGUUUACCAUUUCCGCCUGGUGUUAGGGGCAGAGGUCGUCUCCCAACCUCGGGUCCUGGUGGCGACAGAUUCCCAGGACCAGGUGGGCCUGGAGGUCCUCCACCACCUUUUGCCGGUAUGACCCCUCCAAGACCUCCCAUGUGCUUACCAGGUCCUCCAGGACCCCCUGGCCCACCUCCACCUGGACAGCCACUUCCACCUCCACUACCUGGACCACCAAAUCGUGGUGACCGACCUCCUCCUCCUGUUAUGUUUCCUGGACAGCCAUAUGGACAACCUCCUGUACUUCCUGUUCCUCCUGGUCCACCUCCACCUGUUUAUGGUCCUCCACCUGGUCCACCCCCUCCCCAACAAGGACCACCGCCUCCCGGUCCCUUCCCUCCACGUCCCCCUGGGCCCCCCAUGGCACUUGCUCCUCCACCCCAUUUACCAGGCCCACCCCCUGGAGGUCCCCCACCAGCUCCACAUGUGAAUCCAAACUUUUUCCCUCCUCCUGGUAAUGCUGGCAUGCCAACAUCAGAUAACCGUGGGCCUCCACCUUCAGAUCCAUAUGGUCGACCACCUCCAUAUGAUAGAGGAGAUUAUGGACCCCCAGGAAGACUUUCUGCCCAUUACAGGGAUAUGGAUCCUAUUAGAACCCCUUUAAGUGAAGCAGAGUUUGAAGAAAUUAUGAACCGCAACAGAGCAAUUUCAAGCAGUGCUAUUUCAAGGGCGGUGUCUGAUGCUAGUGCUGGAGAUUAUGGAAGUGCAAUUGAAACUUUGGUUACUGCUAUUUCUUUAAUUAAACAAUCCAAAGUAUCUGCAGAUGACCGUUGCAAAGUCCUCAUAAGCUCUCUGCAAGAUUGUCUCCACGGAAUUGAAUCAAAGUCUUACGGUUCUGGGUCUAGACGUGAGCGUUCAAGAGAAAGGGACCACAGUAGGUCACGAGAAAAGAGCAGGCGUCACAAAUCCCGAAGCAGAGAUCGACAUGACGACUAUUACCGGGAAAGGAGUCGUGAGAGGGAGAGACAUCGUGACAGAGAACGGGACCGGGACAGAGAAAGGGACAGGGAGAGAGAAUAUCGUCAUCGUUAAGCAGCUGUAAGAAGAGGAGCACCUUAAAGAAUCACAUGUAUUCACCAUGGAGAGGAAGAUGCUUCUGACAUCAGUUUCACCCUGCAUAUGAUUCAACCUCUCAACUUUACAUGGAUAAAAUGAACAGAUCUAGAUGUGAAUAAAGCAAAUCUGCAAACAUGGUAACCAGUAGAUAUACUUUUAUUUUUUUAUGUUGCUUAAAUGUUUUAUUAUUUGAAUGAAACCUGUGUGACUUAAACAUUAAUAGCUUUUUGCAACUAUGACUGGUUAUUCAUUUUGGCAAUUUUCUAAUGUGCAAGCAAUUGGAGAGUCCAAUUCAUUAUUGUUUUUAUAGUUGUUUGUUGUUGUAAAAAAGAAAAAAUGGAGAAAAAAAAAAUUCAUGUUCUGAUGUCUGUAAAUGGCACCACCUCAAUUACAAUAGAUGUAGUGUUGUAAUAAACUGUUUAUUGGGGCUGAUGUGCAAAGCUUUUCAAGUUAUUUGGUGUCUAAGCCUCAGGGAAAGUCUUGUUUUUAGCAAUAUUUUUACAAAAAACAAUAACCCUUUUAUACCAUAAAUAAUCCUUGUUAGCUGUGUAUUUGUUUCACAACAACCUUCCAGUUGGGUUGUAUUCCUUUACAUAAUUUGUGUGUGAAAUAUGUAACUUUGUUCUUAGGGAGUUUGUUUUUUUUUUUGUUUUUUUUGUUUUGUGUUUAACUGUCAGAGUAGAAGCCUGAUAUUUUAAUAUUCUUUGUAACCAUCAAAAUGGGGGUGGAGGGAUAACAAAUAUUUAAACUAGGCAAAUUGUUCCUAACUUAACAGUGUCCAAAAGCUUUACUAUUCCGUUAAUGUUUGUUUUGUUUUUUUGUAAUGUACAUAAUGGCAAACUGCUAUUGAAAUAUUACAGGAAUACAACUGAACUGUCACUGUUGGUUAAUUUGCUGUUCGGUUACUCUUGGUAUAUAGAUGUAUAUAUCAGCCUUUGCUCACUGUUACUCUGGUUAGAAAUUACGUGUUGGGCAUCUAAAUUUUCAUUAACCCCUAAUUUUCUUUCUGUGAAAGAUUUAAUGUAAAUCAGAACUACUUCCUCCUACGAAUACUUGGUUUUGUUCUCAAGUUUUUAAGACCAUUGGUGGCUUUUGUUUUACCUCUCCUAACUUUUGUUAACCAAUUUGUACAUAAUUCCCACAGCAAUUUGGCUCUGCAGCUGUGCAUACAAUGUGAUCAUGAGGUCUCAAAAGGCAUGUGUUCACACUGAUUCUCACACUCUGUAACAAGCCAUUGAGCUUGCUGUUUAUGCUGUUUGUGUGGUGGGGAUCAUUGCUUUAAUAAUUUGCUGCUGAAAAUACUGUUUGACCCCUGUUAUGGUGUUUUCAUAUCUUUUUUUUUUUUUUAUAUGUACUGUUUGUAAAAUAGAAAUUACAGCUUAAAACAACUUAAAUGCUUAGUUGUUAUCACUUAACUACUGUUACUACGGACAGGAAUCACGUGCGGAUGUUCCAUUCUUAAAAUUUGAAUAGUGCUUUUCACUAGAUAAAAUACUAGAUAAAAAGGUAAGUAUUCUAACAUUCUGCUCUCAAUUCCCUCUGUAGCUUCAAUGCUGUAAGUAACACUAACUUUGACCAUAGAGAGUUUUGUAUAGAUAACAUUUGAUUUGGUGUUGCUGUAAACCAGUGGUUCUUAACCUUUUUUUUUUUUUAACAGGAACCUAAUUUGGAGUGGCACUGUAAUUUAAUUUUUUUUUUAAUGCCUUUAUAUAAUAUUACAUCCACCCCACACCCUCAAAAAUAAGGAACCCUGCUUAAGCCAUGCUCCUUGCUAAGAUUACACUCUUCACCUUAAAUUAAAAUUAAUCCGUGUCGCUUUAAGUAUGUAUUAGCUUGGGUGACCCAUUUGUCUGUUGGAACAUUGCCUCAAUUAUGUUACUCAAAUGUAGUAACCUAUAACAAUUCAAUAUAAUUGCCUUGUAUUUUUAGAUUUUGUUAGAUUUACAUUGCACUGAGAAAAAGGCAGCAACAAUACCCAUUUUUGGGGUGCAGAAACAAGAGAACUGAUGAAUGACGGUCCUGUUCAAAAUGUUGGGAAGCCACUGGAGUUACAUGGGUGCUCAAUUUGGGGUCCUCACAAAGGUUAAGAACCACUGCUAGACACACUAUUCAUUGCCUUGCUUGAUAAUUCAUACAGUCAGACCUGGCUCUUUAUACGAAAGGAAAUCCAUUUUUCUGCGUGUCCCUGUAUUCACAUGUGGUCCACGCCAGAUUUAUUUUUUUUGGUCUACUUCCACCUCCUACUUUAUCUCUAGAACAGAAUUCUUCAAACUCUGACCUUCCAGAUGUUGCUAAACAAAAACUCUCAUGAAUCUCUGAUCUAUUUCAUUUAAAGAAUCAUGGGAGUUGUACUUCAGCAACAUCUAGAGAACCAGCGUUUGGGGAACCCUGCUCUAGAACAUGCUGUUAUAACAAAGCCUAUGUAAAAGUGUCAAACCUCAUUCUAGUAGAAAGUACAGUUAGCUGUACAAUAUUUUUGCAUAAAGCUGUAAUAUGUAAAUAUUGCCUGUACAUGCCAAGAUCGGCCUCAAACAGCAUUAAACUUAUUGUGGUAGAUUUAAGUUGGUUAUUACCAGUAGUUUUAUGUUGAACCUUCAACCCUUGUCUGUGACAUACCUUAUUUUACGUGUUAAGCUUAUUUACGGAUUAUGUGUAAAACAACUUUUUAUAGGUAAGUUUGUUUUAGGGAAGUGUGAAUUUCUUAAAUGCUUGUUUUUCCGAUUUUGUUACACUUUUAAUAUGUUAAUGUUUUGAGAAUAAUAAAAUUAUCAACCAUUUGAAAAUA